AUGUGCCCGCUGGCGCGGCAGAUCACGUCGGAGCGCACGCUGGUGCAGGGCCGCUACCAGUGGGUACCCAAGGAGAAGAGCGACGAUGCGUCCCACUGCGGUUGUGGCGCUGGCGACAGGCUCGUCAAUGGUGCAUGCGAGGACUGCGGCAAUGAGGAUUUCGAUGGCCUCAUAUGCCUGGGCAAGGACGAGGUGGAGGUGGCGCCCGGCUUCUACGCCGCCGACAGCUCCUUUUCCAUCUUCAAGUGCCACUCCGAUACCGCCCACUGCGUCGGGGGCAAGCCCGGCAGCACCUGCGCACCAGGACGAGAGGGCAUCUCGUGCGCGCUUUGCAAACCUGGCCUGAAGGCGGGUGCCGACGGCGGGUGUGUGCCUUGCGAGGAUGAGGGCUCUGGUCAGUCGACCUUCUACUGCCUGUUUUUCGUCAUGCUGUUCGCGCCGGUGCCCAUGUACGUGGUCGUGGACCGCGGGUGCAAGUCUCGUCCGAGUCACGCCAUACUGCUGAUGAGCUUGAUGUUCAGCCUGACCAUCACGCUGGUGCAGCAGCUCGGCGUCGUGAGCCUGCUCGAGGACGUGCGCUGGAUGGAUCCCAUCAGCACGCUGCUGGACGCCGCGCAGCUGCUCAUGUUCGACUUGGAGGUGCUCCAUGUCAGCUGCAUGUUCCGCUUUAGCCCCCUCGGGAGCUUCAUCGUGCAGCUGUCCAUCCUGGCGCAGUGCGUGGUCGUGCUGCUGAUCACGCACGUGCUGCUUUCGCUUUUUUACUAUCGCGAGCCGAUCCGCCAGCGAAACUCAGCGCUGGUGGCGAGCAUCGGUACCAUCUUCAUGGUCGUUUACAUCUCUGUGGUCACUGCCGUGCUUGGCCCUUUCCAGUGCUUGGAGCAUCCCAACGGCAAGUGGACCAUACGCGGCUUCCCUUCCGUUGUGUGCUGGGAGACCGGCGAGCACAUCUCUAUGAUCGUCGUGGCUACCGUGGCCGUGCAGGUGCCCCUUGCCUUCUUCGCCUUCUGCACGCGUGCGACGGCGAUGUACCCGCGCAAGAUGCUCGAGGGAAACACGUGGUUCCUGGAGACGUACAACUGGCUCUUCUUUCGCUUCAGACCAGAGGUCCACUGGUACACUCUGGUCAACAUGGGCAGGAGCCUGGUCCUGGCGCUGGUGCCCGUCAUCCCUCACGCGCCCGCUCAGAUCAUCUGUAUGCAGUUCACGCUGGUGUCCAAUAUGAUGAUCGUUGUGGGUAUGCAGCCAUGGCGCCUGGACUAUAUCAACAGUAUGGACAUCUUCUUCACUCUGUCGAUCCUAUUCGUGCUCAUCUGCGCUUCGUUCUACGUCACCUUCGUCUCCACGUCCGUGCUCGCGUGGUUCGCAUCCAUCUUCAUCGUCAUUUGCCUGCUCGCUUUCCCGCUUGGACUCGUCGCAGGUGCCGUGUGGUACUUGCGCAGGCGCAGCGGCAGGCGCGACUUCGAGUACUUCCUCUGCCACCACAAGGCCGGCGCUGGAGCCUUCACCCGGCUGCUGAAGCUGCAGCUGAAGAGCGAGCGCUCGGUCACGCGGGAGGUGUUCGUGGACUCUGACAAUUUGUCCAGCCUGGACUUGCUACUCGAAAUGGUUGCCAACAGCACAGAGACACUGGUCAUUGUUGGCUCUGCGGAGAUCUUGCUUCGGCCGUGGUGCGUGGGCGAGAUCACUACAGCAAAGGCGGCCCGCUUGAACAUGUUUAAGAUCGCACUGCCCGACUUCGUCAACCCGUCUGACGACUUCAUCGACAGGUACGCGGAGAUCUUGCAGGACAUGAGUGUGCUGACGAAGAACGGCAUCAGGCCGGACGACGUGCGGGAGGCGAUGAGGCACAUGCGGGAGCUCGAGGACAUCCCGGUGCAGGCAAAGUUGGAGGACAAAACGUUGGCGGAGGUGGCCAGCAGGGUCACGGUCAAGGCUGGUAGCAGCAGGGCGUCGACUCAAGCGCGCACUAGUUCCAAGGCCACCAUGCAAUCCGAUGUCAAGUGCGCUGUAAUAGUGGACUCGUCGAGCUGGGAGGCGGUGUCCGCGGCCAUGGUGCUGGUGCGCAUUCUAGGGCCGCUGUUCAGCAGCGAGCCCACGCUCAGGCCUGUCAUCUUGAACGCGCAGGACGCGCUGCCCGAGUCAACCACCAAGGCUGUGUUCAUCUGCACUCCUGGGGCGCUGCUGUCGGAGGCCUGCGUGCCCAAGCUCAUCGCGGCCGGAGAGCGGCAGCUCCCGAUCUUGCCCAUCAUCGCGGAGGACGCGUUCCAGUUCCCGUCCAGGCAGUUUGCGCAGGAGAACUGCGAGGUGCUGAAGCGCCUCGCCAUGAUCGGCAAAAGGCCGGAGCAGAGGCAGCCGAGCAGCGAGGAGGCCACCAUGAGGCGCUUGGAGCUCGUCACCAGCUGCUUCAACAAGACGAUCGGCUUCCGCUUCCAUGUCAAGAUGUUGUCCGACAAGAUGCUCCGCAGCCAAGCGGAGGAGAUCUUUGACCGCCUGGGCCACCUGGGAAUUGGCGGUGACGGAGUGUAUCGCCGGGGCAGCCGGAGCACCCAGAGCAACGCGAACGAGCCUGAGCAGCCGGAGCAGCCAGAGCAUUUUUGA